CUUCUCCUCCACCAUCCUCCUCUCAUUUCCCCCAUUAACACUCCCUCAACUACCUCCUUCUUCUUCUUCUUCUAAAUAUCCAUAAACUGAAUACCCAACUCAAUCUACAUCAACAUGUAUGAACCAAAAGACAACAACAUAUACUAUCCUCCUCUACCACAGGAACCUCCGGUCACCACCGGAAUACCUAUUCAGAUGGCUGGCAUGCCUUCACUCCAAGUCCAGUCUCAACAAAAGGUAUCUUGGUCUACUGGUCUUUGUGGCUGUUGUGAUGAUGUUGGCAAUUGCUGCAUAACUUGCUGGUGUCCCUGCAUCACCUUCGGCCAGAUUGCAGAAAUCGUUGACCGCGGUUCCACUUCGUGCGGAGUGAGUGGAGCAAUUUACCUGCUGCUGAUGUUAACGAUUGGGUGCAAUUGUGUUUACUCAUGUUUUUAUAGAAAAAAGAUGAGAUCACAAUAUUCGCUUUCCUCGAGUCCUUGCAAUGAUUGUCUUGUUCAUUGUUGUUGUGAAAGUUGCGCACUUUGCCAAGAGUAUCGUGAGCUUAAGCAACAUGGCUUCGACAUGAAUAUCGGAUGGCAAGCAAAUAUGGAGAACCGGGGGCAAGGGCAAGCUGUUUUGCCACCUAAUGUACAGGGUGGCAUGAUCCGUUGAACAAAUAAUUAAGAGCUAUUUAAGCUAAGAGAGAAGGACAUGUUUGUUUGCUAUUGUAUUAUUUUGGUUGUUGUUUUGUAAUAAUAAGUCUUUGUUUGCAUUUAAUAAUAAGUCUUUUGUUUUGUAAUGAUAA